AUGGUAACCAAUGCUUCCUCUGCUAUGCAGCACCCACUGUGCCAUGCUAGUGAGAGUUCUGCCUUGCUUCAGUUCAAGCAAAGCUUCUUGAUUGAUGAGGAUGCUUCUGAUGAUCCUUCUGCUUAUCCAAAAGUUUCAACGUGGAAAUCCCAUGGAGAAGGAGAGGAAAGUGAUUGCUGUUCAUGGGAUGGUGUUGAGUGUGACAAGGAGACUGGUCAUGUCAUCGGCCUUCACCUCGCAAGUAGUUGUCUCUAUGGUUCUAUCAACUCCAGCAACACCCUCUUCAGUCUCGUUCAUCUCAGUACGCUUGACCUUUCCGAUAAUGAUUUCAAUUACUCUGAGGUCCCACAUAAAGUUGGUCAGCUUUCAAGGCUUAGAAGUCUUAACCUCUCUGGUUCUAAAUUCUCAGGCCAAAUCCCAUCGGAACUCUUAGCAUUGUCCAAAUUGGUUUUCCUUGAUCUCUCGAGAAACCCAAUGUUGGAGCUUCAAAAGCCUGGCUUGAGAAAUCUAGUUCAAAACUUAACCCACUUAAAGACACUUCAUCUAAACCUGGUGAACAUUUCUUCAACAAUACCUCAUGUGUUGGCAAAUUUAUCUUCAUUGACAUCUCUCCUUUUGAGAGGAUGUGGACUGUAUGGUGAAUUCCCAAUGAACAUUUUUCGGCUUCCAAGCCUACAGCUUCUUAGUGUGAGGUACAAUCCAGGUCUGACCGGUUAUUUACCUGAAUUUCAGGAAACCAGUCCCCUAAAAAUGUUGUUUCUUGCUGGUACAAGUUUUUCUGGUGAGUUACCAGCUUCAAUUGGGAGGCUUGUUUCUUUGACUGUAUUGGACCUCGACUCAUGCAAAUUCACAGGGAUGAUCCCAUCUUCACUUAGUCACCUUACCCAGCUGUCUAUUUUAGACCUUUCAUUUAACCUUUUUACUGGCCAAAUUUCUCAAUCCUUGACCAGCCUUAGCUCUUCGUUGUCUAUACUCAAUCUCGGAGGCAACAACUUGCAUGGCCCCAUUCCUCAGAUGUGCACCAACCCAAGCAGUUUGAGGAUGAUCGACUUAAGUGAAAAUCAAUUCCAAGGUCAAAUCCCAAUAUCAUUGGCCAAUUGCACAAUGCUCGAGCAACUUGUUCUCGGAAACAAUCAAAUCCAUGAUAUUUUCCCUUUUUGGUUAGGAGCUCUCCCACAGCUACAGGUUCUUAUUUUGAGAUCCAACAGAUUCCAUGGUGCAAUAGGGAGCUGGCACACCAAUUUCAGGUUUCCCAAGUUGCGCAUUAUUGACCUCUCUGACAACGAGUUUAUAGGUGAUUUGCCAUCAGUGUAUUUCCAAAAUUGGGAUGCCAUGAAACUUGCAGAUGCAAACCACCUCAAGGUCAUGCAGGCCAAUCAAACGUUUCAAAGCCCAGGGUAUACGCAGACUUUCAAGUACAUAUACUCAAUGACAAUGACAAACAAAGGCAUGCAGAGGUUUUAUCAGGAAAUCCCUGAUACUUUCAUAGCAAUUGAUUUCUCUGGCAACAAUUUCAAAGGACAAAUUCCAACCUCCAUUGGGAACCUCAAGGGACUUCAUUUGCUCAACCUUGGCCGCAACAAUAUUACCGGCCAUAUCCCAUCCUCCCUGAUGAACCUAACACAGAUGGAAUCAUUGGAUCUUUCCCAGAACAAGCUCUCAGGAGAGAUCCCUUGGCAACUAACAAGGAUGACAUUCCUCGCUUUCUUCAAUGUGUCUAAUAAUCAUCUUACAGGGCCUAUACCACAAGGAAAACAAUUUGCAACAUUUCCAAAUACUUCCUUUGAUGGGAACCCGGGGUUGUGUGGAAGUCCUUUGUCAAGGGCAUGUGGAAGUUCUGAGGCAUCACCAUCAACACCUUCAUCCUCUAAACAAGGUUCAACUAGUGAAUUUGAUUGGAAAUUUGUCCUAAUGGGAUACGGAAGUGGGCUAGUAAUCGGAGUUUCAAUUGGGUAUUGUUUGACCUCAUGGAAACAUAAAUGGUUUGUGAAAACCUUUGGAAAGCGGCAAAGAAAAUGGACAAGGAAUGAAAGAAGGGGCACAUAG